GUGACCGCGGCGGAGGUCUUCGUGAUCGCCUCGCCCAAGCACCUCAACGAGUGGGACCUCGACCUCGACGAGGAGGCCGAGCGGGCGGCGGAGCGCAAGGGGGCGCGCCUGAGGGCCCUGGGCCGCGCGCUGCUGCUCGGGGACGCGCCCAGGCUCGAGCCGGGAUGGUGGUGGCAGCUGCCGUCCUGGGUCGAGCGGUGGGAGCUGGACCAGGUGCUCCAGCACGUAGACUUCGAGCACGCGCAGAUCCAAGACAUCCGUUCGGAGCGCCAAAAGUUUGCGUUCAUGCCGUUGCUGCUCCUUCGGCCCUCGCUGCGCGCCCUGGCCGCCCCCGGCCGCGCGGAGCUCGCCGCCCGCGCCUCCGCGUACUGGCAGAGCUACGAGUCCGAGAUGCUCGCGGACGCCUCCGACUGGCAGAGCCGCAUGGGCCGCCCAGGACCGCCGGCCGGACCCGACGCGCCCCAGCCACACCAGGCCGUACCCGCGGCCGAGCUGCGCGCGGAGGUGAGCUGCCCGUGCCAGCGCACGGGCGCCUGCCUGGCCCUGUCGCUCGCGGCUCCCGACGUGGCCCUCCGGGUGACGCAGGCGAUGCUCGGAGACUUCGGGCUGGUGGCCAGGCUUGCCGCGCAGCACGCCGCUCUCGUUCGGCAGCGGUGCGAGGUGGCCCGCCGCUCCCAGCACCCGGAGGCGGCGGAGGAGCGGGCACCGGCCCGGCCGGGCGCCCGCGCGCUCUGGCUCCGCGCCUACUCCCGCGUGCGCGGGCUGCUGCGCGAGCUGGACCCGCUGCGGCACUGGCACACUCGCGAGGUGUGGCGGCUGCUCCGGCUGCACCGGCUCUACCUGGACCUCGUGGGCCAGGAGGCGCCGAGGCUCCAGCAGGCAGACGAGGCGGG